AUCUCAAAUCUCUUUUUCCGAAUCUUUUAAAAUCCUAUCCUCCUCUACUUUGCUAACGUGCGCAUAUAAUUUAUUUAUUUUUAUUAUUUUUUCAUUGUUGCUCCCUUCUUCUUAUGGUUUCCUCUUUUUAGGCUCAGUUUUCUAUAAGAGGUUUGGCCAUGGGCGUACUACGUCAUCACCAUCGCCGACUCUCCUCUGCAAGAACUGCCCUUGCCCUAAUCUUCUUUGCCAUCGCUUCCUCUGCCAUUGCCCACUCUCACCUCUCACAGAUUCACCAACUGGUAAGGAAAGAGACAGAGGAGACGAAAAGGGGAAAUUGGUUGCAGGUGAGGGAGCAAUUUCUGAUUCAAAGGAGAUUAUCUGGGCCUGGAUCGUCUCCACCGACGUGCCGGUCUAAGUGUGGGAAGUGUUCACCUUGUAAGGCAGUGCGUGUGCCUAUCCAGCCUGAUCGGAAAAUACUUCUUGAGUACUACCCUGAAGCUUGGCGUUGCAAAUGUGGCAAUAAGUACUUCAUGCCUUGAAUUGAAGAACAGAUGGGAAAGAAAAAAGAAAGGGCAGAGAGGGUAGGGGGUGUAAUCAUCAUAGAAGUAUCUCUUUUUCCAUAUCUGUUACUAUGCAUUUUCUUCUGUUGUAUGUAUGAAACAAAUUUCUUUCCUGGAACAUAUAGCAAACAUGGGGUAUGCACUUUUUAACUCAGUUUAUUGUAAAUUUUUGACUUC